UAUCCUUUUAAUUUUUUAACAUUUUAAAACCAAAUCACACUGCAAACUGCUGAUCCUUACCAACUCUCUCUCUCUCUCUCUCUCAAGAAAGAAAAAACCAAAAAACCAUGUCGAACUCCAUCAAAGGUGUUCAUAUCCUGAUAUUUCCAUACCCAGCUCAAGGCCACAUGUUACCCAUGCUGGACCUAACCCACCAACUAGCCCUCCGUGGCAUCACCAUAACCAUUCUCGUGACACCAAAGAACCUCCCAAUCCUGAACCCUCUCCUCUCAACCCACCACCCAUCUUCAAUCCAGACCCUGGUCCUUCCCUUCCCAUCCCACCCGUCUCUCCCCUCUGGCGUCGAGAACAUCAAGGACAUCGGCAACGCAGGCAACUUACCCAUGAUCAACGCCCUCGGCAAGCUUCACGAUCCAAUAAUCCACUGGUUCAAGUCCCACCCAUCACCCCCUGUGGCUAUCCUCUCUGAUUUCUUCCUUGGCUGGACGCUACACCUUGCGCACCAACUUGGUAUCCCCAGGAUCGUUUUUUACUCAUCUGGCUCUUUUUUAGCCUCUGUCUCUAAUUUCAUUUGGCAAAAUAUCAACACUGUCCGUUCUUUACCCGUCGUUCAUUUUCCCGAUCUACCAAGAUCGCCGAGUUUCACUGCGGACCAUCUUCCUUCUAUAUACCGAGUAUAUAGGGAAUCGGAUCCUGAUGGGGAGUUUCUUAAGGAUGGCAUGCUCGCUAAUAUAGCCAGUUGGGGCUGCGUUUUUAAUUCUCUUGAUGCCUUGGAAGGUGAGUAUUUGGAUCACUUGAAGAAGAAAAUGGGCCAUCAACGGGUUUGGGGAGUUGGGCCUCUUAGUUUGGCUGGUGGGGCUAAAACCAUUGGUCGGGUCAACCCGGAUAAGGAUUCAGGAGACAGGGUGUUGGCAUGGCUCGAUGGCUGCCCGGAUGGGUUGGAGAAAAGUGGGGUUAAGUUUAUAUGGUGCAUCAAGGAGCCAACAAAGGGACACGUGGAGGGACAGUAUGGUGUGAUUCCAUGUGGGUUCAAAGAUCGUGCGGCUAAAAGAGGAUUUCUGAUAAGAGGGUGGGCUCCGCAAGUAUUGAUAUUGAGUCACCGAGCUGUUGGUGCAUUCUUGACUCACUGCGGGUGGAACUCGGUGUUGGAGGGAAUUAUGGCUGGGGGGAUGAUAUUGGCGUGGCCCAUGGAAGCAGACCAAUUUGUGAACGCAAGGCUGUUGGUGGAGGACGUAGGAGCUGGGGUCCGUGUGUGCGAGGGUGCCGAUGCGGUCCCUGACUCAACUGAGUUGGCUCAGACCAUUGCUAAUUCAAUGAGUGGAGACACAAGUGUCCAGAAGGUGAGAGCAAAGGAACUGAAAGACAAGGCAGUGGAAGCAGUUAAGGAGAGUGGGAGCUCUUGGAGAGACUUGGAGGGUCUAGUCAACGAGUUGGUCCAACUUUAAAUCAAAAUUGAUUGACAACAAGCUUCAUUGAGUGCCAGACCGCAAAAGCAAAGAUGUACUCCCUCCGUCCCAUAAUAUUAGUCCCUUAUUUUAUUUUUUAUUGUCUUAAAAUAUUUGUCCCUCUUCAAAAAUUAAGUACAAAAAUAAUAUAAAUUUCCCAUUUUGUC